AUGCACGCCCGCUAUCCUGAGCUGCAUUCAAAUCGCUGUUUUAUCCUGGACUGGGCGGGGGUGCGUGCAGAGGGACUGGGCAGUGUCCGGCCAGACAGUGUGCCUCCACUACUAAUGGGGGGCUUUGGCAUUGGGACAGUGUGGGGGAGGAAGAAGAAUGAGAGAAGUGUGCCUCUCUGGAAUUUCAGGGCUCUCAAGCCAACAGCCUUCUUGGCACCCUGCUGGCUGGAGAACAAUUGUAGGAAGUUCUACAGCCACAGCCGAGAUACAAGUAGUGAGUACAAUGCUUCCGGCCGCUCCUCCCACCUGGCCACGCCGAUGCCCCCAGAGGCGCCUGCUGCCCCCGUGCUGCCCGUCAGUUACCGCCUGUCUCACACCCGCCUGGCCUUCUUCCUUCGAGAGGUGCAGCCGCCGCCCCCACCCACAGCCAACAGCAGCGGCGGGGGGCCCCUGCAGCGCUCCGAACCCUUCGUUGUCUUCCAGACGAAGGAACUGCCCAUACUCAAUGUAUCUCUGGGGCCCUUCAGCACCAGCCAGGUCCUGGCCCGGGAGCUCCUGCAACCCGCCAGCACUCUAGACAUCCCCGAGAGGCUGACGGUCAACUGGAAGGUUCGGGCUUUCAUUGUGCACCCUCGGGUGCCCGCCUCGCAGCCCGUGGCCCAGGUCUUGUUCUACGUGGCGGGCCGGGACUGGGACGACUUCGGGGCCACCGAGAGACUGCCCUGCGUCCGCCUGCAUGCCUUCCGCAAUGCCCACGAAGUCAAGAGCUCCUGCCGCCUGAGCGGAGGCCUGGCCACCUGCCUGGUCAGGGUCGAGCUGCCCCUGGCCUGGUUCGGACCGCCUGCCCCGGCGGCACCGCCCCCUGGCCGCCGCAAGCCCCCCGAAGGCCUGGAGCCCGAGCCUGGCGGGGAAAGCCAGCAAGCCGAACUCUACUAUAGACUGCACUCCCCUGAUGCCAAUGGCGGCUGCGGUGGGGAGGGGGCCCGCCGGGGCGGGGGAGCAGCCCGGGCCGAGGGCCCCACCCAGUACCCGCUCCUACGGAUAGGCAGCAUCAGUCUUUUCCGCCCGCCGCCCAGGCGGGCCCUUCAGGAGCACCGGCUGGACGGCAACCUGAUCAUCCGCCUCCCAGACCGACCCCUGAAACCUGGGGAAGUGUUAAGCAUCUUCCUCUAUCUCGCGCCCAACUCCUCCUCCUCCUCCUCCAGCCCCAGCGUGGAACAUUUCACCCUCAGGGUGAAGGCCAAGAAGGGAGUAACCUUACUGGGCACCAAGGCCCGAAAUGUCCAGUGGCAGGUAACUUCGGAGCUGCUCACAGGGGGAAAACACUCAACCGCCACGGUGGAUGUGUCCAGGACGCAAAGUGGCCCCUUGCUCCCCAGGGAGGGCGAGGGACCCCUGGAGAUCCUGCAGCUGGAUUUCGAGAUGGAGAACUUCACCAGCCAGUCUGUGAAGCGCCGGAUCAUGUGGCAUAUCGACUACCGAGGCAGGAGUCCCUUGCCCGACCUAGAGAGGGCAGUGACUGAGCUGACCGUCAUCCAGAGGGAUGUACAGGCUAUUCUGCCCCUGGCUAUGGACACUGAGAUCAUCAACACGGCCAUCCUGACUGGCCGGACGGUAGCCAUACCAGUAAAGGUCAUUGCUAUUGAGGUGACAGGCCUGGUUCUGGACGUCUCAGCCCUGGUGGAGUGUGAGUCCAACAAUGAGGACAUCAUCAAGGUGUCCAGCAGCUGUGACUAUGUGUUUGUGAGUGGAAAGGAGGCCCGGGGCUCCAUGAAUGCUCGGGUGACCUUCCGAUAUGACAUCUUGAGCGCCCCCCUGGAGAUGACUGUCUGGGUCCCCAAAUUGCCCUUACACAUUGAGCUCUCUGAUGCCCGACUCAGCCAAGUGAAGGGCUGGAGGGUACCCAUUCUCCCGGACAGAAGGUCAGCUCGGGAGAGUGAGGAUGAAGAGGAAGAAGAAGAGGAGAAGCGGCAAAACCGGGGAUGUACGCUGCAGUACCAACACUCCACCCUCCAGGUCUUCACCCAGUUCCAUACCACAUCCUCUGAGGGCACUGACCAGGUGGUCACCAUGCUAGGCCCUGAUUGGCUGGUGGAGGUGACUGAUCUGGUCAGUGACUUCAUGAGGGUGGGUGACCCCCGUGUGGCCCAACUGGUGGACAGCAGCACUUUGGCUGGCCUUGAGCCUGGGACCACCCCAUUUAAGGUUGUGUCCCCACUGACUGAGGCUGUCCUGGGGGAGACGAUGGUGACGGUCACAGAGGAGAAGGUCAGCAUCACGGAGCUCCGCGGCCAGGUGGUGGCCAGCCUGUCCCUCUCCCUCCGCCCCAGCCCCGGCAAUAGUCACACCAUCUUGGCCACUACGGCAGCCCAGCCGACCCUCAGCUUCCUCAAGCAGGAAGCCCUCCUGAGCCUCUGGCUGUCCUACAGCGACGGCACCACGGCCCCGCUGUCCCUGUACAGCCCGAGAGACUACGCGCUGCUGGUCAGCAGCCGGGACGAGAGGGUGGCCACCGUGACCCAGGACCGCGCCUUCCCCCUCGUGGUGGCCGAGGCCGAGGGCGAAGGCCUGCUGCUCCAGGCCGACCUCACCAUCGCCGAGAGCUGUCAGAAAUCCAAGCGGAAGAGUGUCCUGGCCACCGCAGCCGUGGGGCUUCGAGUACACUUUGGGAAUGAGGAAGAGGACCCCACCUAUGACUACCCGGGCCCGAGCCAGCCUGGCCCCGGUGGGGGCGGCGGAGACGGCGAGGAUGAGGUCAUGGGGGCUGGCCACCCAGGCACCGCUUCCCCCCAGGGGCCACCCACACCGGGCACCGCCGGCCCCGCCCAGACUCCCACAGAGGAUUUCCCACCCAUACCCACUGGCUUCACCCAGAUGCCCCGAGGGCUGACGGACCUGGAGAUCGGGAUGUACGCCCUACUAGGUGUCUUCUGCCUGGCCAUCCUCGUCUUCCUCAUCAACUGUAUUGUAUUUGUGCUCCGAUAUCGGCACAAGCGGAUCCCCCCCGAGGGCCAGACCAGCAUGGACCACUCCCAUCACUGGGUCUUUCUGGGUAACGGACAGCCCCUGAGGGCCCAGGGUGAGCUCUCACCGCCUGCGGGCAACCCCCUGGAGGCCGUGCCCGCCUGCUGCCACGGGGACCACCACAGCAGCGGCAGCUCCCAGACCAGCGUCCAGAGUCAAGUCCACGGCAGAGGGGAUGGCAGCUCAGGGGGCUCAGCCCGGGACCAGGCUGAGGACCCGGCCAGUUCGCCCACGUCCAAGCGCAAGCGGGUCAAGUUCACCACUUUCACCACGAUGCCCUCUGAGGAGCUAGCCUAUGACUCAGUGCCCGCAGGGGAGGAGGAGGAGGAGGAGGACCUCAGGUGGGGCUGCCCAGAUGUGGCGGGGGGCACACUGGCUGCCCCGCAGGACCUGCACAACUACAUCCGCAGAAUCAAAGAGAUUGCUUAGAUGUGUGAUGCCCCUCCCACAACGACCCUGAGCCUCCACCCUGGCCUCACUUAGCUGCUUUUCCGGGAAGAGUCUGCCUCAGCGUCCCCGGCUUAUUCUGGGCCUUGUUGGAUUGGGUUUUAUAAAUCCUAACCUUCUCCCCACCUCCUAACAUUGGUUUAGGCCUGGGCAGGGCUGGCUCUGAGGCCUUGUCCCCUCCCCUCCCUUUGUAGUUGGCUCUCUCUGUGGGGGGCCUCGCCCAAUAGGAAGGGUUGGAGGAGGGGGACCGCCUUUCCUCUCCCAGUGUCUCCACUGCCUUCUAAAAUCCAACGCCUCUUUUUUUCCCCUAGAGUGUGUGUGUGUUGAGGCAGUGUGUAGACAAGACAGACAAAAAGAAUUUGGGGGAAGAAGAAUCACAGGCUUUGUCCUGUGUGUCCCUUCCCAGCUUUGUCUCCCUUCCCCCUGCCCUGUUAUCCCCUCUUUGGGAGGUCUGCUUCCCUCCCCUCCCAUGUCCCCCAUUUCUCCUCCUUCCCUUCCCCCAAGCUGCACAAUGACUUUUCUCAAACCUACAUUCAGGGAUUUCUGUCCUGAGGAUGGGGAUGAGGGGACUCCCCCCAGCCCUCCUGAGGGAUGGAGCUACAGAGCUGAAGAGUUGGGGCUGGCUUGGGAAGUCACACCCCUGACCAUCUGGGAGGCUCCAUCCCUCGGGAUUCCCUCUCCAGAUGCUGGGAACCUCCCUGGGUUACUUGUGGGAGUCCCUGUGGGAGGCCUUGGUCACAGGGUCAGCAGAAGGGGGUCAAGGUAGGAGCCAGACUCUGCCACCCUCACCUUGCCCACACCCUCCCAUCUCCUCCCCUGAGGGAUUGUUGAGGGCUUCUCUCCCUUUGCCUCCUUCCUAUGGAGGCCCUGGGCAGGGAUAGUGUGCCGGGGGUGUAUCUAGCCUGUCCACAACCAUCCCCUCCACUCCAAAAACCUAUUGCCCUAAGAGGGGGCACUGGCAAUGAGACUAUCCCAGAAAGGGUUAAGGGGUGGGAGGGCAGAUAAGAGAGAAGGGGGAUGUUCCAUCUGCCCUCUCCUGGCUUCCCCACAAUGUCUCACCCCUGCUUCCAACUCAAGGGCACGGCCCUGUAAUUAAUUCCCAGUUAGGUGGGAAUCCUUCUACCCUGUGGUUUCUUCAGCUAGGUUUCACCACGCCUUAGCCACUUGUCAUGGGUUUGCCAGCUGUUCAUCCUCUUUCUGGGUGGGCCGGGGGGGGGGGAGGGUGAGGGAGGCUUCCUUCCCCCCCUCUACCAACACAGACCCCCAUGGGGUGGGUCAGAGGGCACCAGGAGACAUAUUGUCUUUAAGGGUGGGAGCUGAGGGCACCGGCAUCACCGCCACCACCCUGGGACGGCUGGAUUGGACGAUGUGACUUUUCAGAUGUUAUUUCUCCAUUUGGGUUUUUACCCACCACUGUGUCUGAUUUUUCUUAAAUAAAUAAACAGAAGAGACCAGGAUGGGGCGGGAGCAGAGGGACCCGGAGAACAGAUGUGCUACGU